AUGACCGGCCGUGAUGUAGAUGACAUCUUAAUCACUAGCAGUGAUAUUAAGCAUAUUCAAACUCUAGUCACUCAAAUCCACCAACUGUUUUCUAUGAAAGAACUUCGUUCCAUAUCCUAUUUUCUGGGUAUCUCUGUUGAGUCUACAGUUUCUGGUUUUGUUUUAUCACAACCUACAUAUGCUCAAGACAUUCUUCAUAAAGCUAGAAUGCUGGAUUGUAAACCUUGCUAUUCUCCUAUUGCAGUCAAGCCUACUGUGACUCCUACUUGUGAUCAUUCUUUUGCCAAUCCCACUCUGUAUCGAAGUGUGGUCGGAGCUUUGCAAUACUUGACAAUUACCAGACCUGACUUGUCCUUUGGAGUUAAUCAAUUAUGUCAACAUAUGCAGGACCCUACUAAUGCUCAUUUUUUUGCAGUAAAAAGGGUUCUUCGAUUUGUUAAGGGUACUCUUCAUCAUGGCCUCACCUACAUUCCUAGUUCUUUUGACCUUCAUGCUUAUUCAGACUCUAACUGGGUUGGGGAUGUUCUUGACAGAAAGUCCACCUCUAAUUAUUGA